GAAAGUUUCGCGGACUUUGCUCUUCUGGUGCCCGAGCUAUCUUUGUGCUCKGUGGACUGAUUCCAGUUCAUUACUCACACUGACUGCACUGUUAAACUUCGUCGUCUGAUUUCCAGUGUGUGACAAACAAGAAGAACCAUGUCUGUAACAAAUGGCCACAGUGUGAGUAAAGAAACAUGGGACUCACACAACAAGAUGUUGCUGGAGCCUCUGGCUGUCAACGACUCAGAGGUGUUUUCCAUCAUAAAAAAGGAGAAGCACAGGCAAACGUACGGUCUGGAGCUGAUAGCGUCUGAAAACUUCGCCAGCAGAGCUGUUCUCGAGGCUCUUGGGUCCUGCAUGAACAAUAAGUACUCUGAGGGGUAUCCUGGCCAGAGGUGAAUCCAGAAACUGGCUACAUUGAUUAUGACCGACUGCAAGAAAACGCUCGACUGUUCCACCCCAAACUCAUCAUCGCAGGAACAAGCUGUUAUUCUCGCAACCUUGACUACGCCCGUCUGAAGCAGAUUGCUGCUGAGAACGGUGCUUACCUGAUGGGGGACAUGGCUCACAUCAGUGGAUUAGUGGCUGCAGGAGUGGUGCCCUCGCCCUUUGACCAUUGUGACAUAGUUUCCACCACAACUCAUAAGACGCUGCGUGGAUGCCGUGCAGGAGUUAUUUUUUAUAGAAAAGGUGUAAGAAGUGUUGAUGCCAAAGGAAAGGAGACUCUGUACAACCUGGAGUCUUUGAUCAACCAGGCUGUGUUUCCAGGGCUGCAGGGAGGACCACACAAUCAUGCUAUUGCAGGUGUUGCUGUGGCUCUUAAACAAGCCAUGACACCUGAGUUUAAGGCCUACCAAUCACAGGUUCUGGAGAACUGCAAAGCUCUGUCCAGUACUCUUAUGGAUCUCGGUUACAAGAUCGUCACAGGCGGUUCUGACAACCAUCUGAUCCUGCUGGAUCUGCGUAAUAAAGGAACUGACGGCGGUCGAGCUGAGAAGGUCCUGGAGGCCUGUGCCAUUGCUUGCAACAAGAACACCUGUCCAGGAGAUAAGAGCGCUCUGCGACCCAGUGGUCUGAGGUUUGGUUCUCCAGCUCUGACCUCCAGAAGCCUGGUGCAGGAAGACUUCAAGAAAGUUGCUCACUUCAUUCACAGAGGUAUUGAGCUGACUCUGGAGGUGCAGAGAAGCCUGGAUCCUAAGGCCCCUCUGAAGGAGUUCCUCCAGGCCUUGGCUCAGGGGGAGAAGUUCCAGCAGCGGGUGGCUGAGAUCAGGGCUGAGGUUGAGGCCUUUGCUGGGCAGUUCCCCAUGCCUGGUCUGCCUGAGCUGUAGAGAGUUCAGACUGUAAACAGCUGGAGGAGAGGACUCUACAGAACAAACACUACUGCUGCUGUGAGCUUUGAGGGUCAAAUCUGUCACUUCUGAUGGACACUUCUGCUGCCUUUUAAAUCAUUCUGUCACUGACACAUUUUAACUUGAUACAGAUUUUAUUUUAUUUUUUUUCAAAUGGAGAGAAAUAUAAUUUCAGAUUGAUGAAGUUUUAUUUGGUAAUGUUACAAAAUGUUGCUGUUUUAAACAGCUUUCCCCUCUGGAGCUUCUUUCUUAAAUGUUACAAUCAAAAUAUUGGCUUUAAUGUUGCAUUCAUUCAUUUCUCUUAAAUUCAAUUCACAAUUCCAAGUUUCCAACUUGUAAAGCAAUAAAUAAACCAGUUUUGUUACAUUCAUUUGAUGUAACAAAAAAAUUAA